GUGUGCGUGUACGAGUGUGGUUCAUGUUCAAAGCCACACACAUAUGCAAAUAUACGAGCACGCAAGAGGAAGUCCCAUCAGGUUCGUUUAAGGUGGCAGUUCUUCGCGCCUUCAAGGAAAGAUACAGAAAUGAGAUUUUAUUUCCCUCAACGUUUUCUGAGCGUGCUUCUGCUGCUCGUCGCUUUGACGUGCGCCACACAAGCCAGCAGCCUCCGAGCGAGGCGUUCUGUCUGGAAUGAUAUCGGAAACACAUUGAACAACAUCGGGCAGACAAUCAAGGGUACCAUGAAAACCGGAAUCGACUCUCUAUUCCUGCACCAACAUUCGACUGCCGAUCCCGAAACGAUCCAACCGACCUUGGAACCGAACUGGAACGAAACGACACUAUUAAAGCGGAAUGAAUCGAACUUUCGGGAAAUCAUAGAUGCUCCUGUCAGAUGCCCGCCUAAUCAUGUAUUAGUAAGAAAUAAAUGUAGAAUCCAUGGUCGUCGAUAAGAUUCCGUCAAGUUUCAGAAAAUAUCGAAGAUAUAUAUCUUUUACAUUUUUAUCUAUUAGUAAUUUUUAAAUCUU